GUAAAUUUGAUGAUGUUUCCUUUUAGGAAGUGCGAGGAAUGUUGUAGACGAUCCAUAACACUGAAAAGAUGAUUAACGAACGAUUUUUCGCACUUUCUCCUCUAAUACUGUUUAUAUUCAAUGCUUAUAAUGCUGAAGCUCAGGUUUAUCAACAGCAAAUGCUUCCAUCGGGUCGAAAAUGUGUGCCACUCACGAUUCCGAUGUGUAUGGAUUUGCCCUACAAUACAACCGUCUAUCCGAAUUUGUUGAAUCAUCAAACGCAAGCCGAUGCUGAAAUCGCAAUCAAUCAGUUCAAUCCACUCGUGAAAGUGAAAUGCUCUGAAGAUAUCAAGCUGUUCCUGUGUACAGUAUAUGCACCUGUCUGCACUCAAUUGGAGAAACCGAUCCAACCAUGUCGAGAUCUUUGCCUUUCUGCAAAAAAUGGUUGCGAAAGUCUCAUGAUCAAGUUUGGUUUUCGUUGGCCCGAACAGCUGGAUUGUAAUCAUUUCCCAGCUGAAGGAAUAUGCGUGGGAGAAAAUAAAACAAGCAGCACACCGACGCCCAACAGGUCUCAUUCUUCAUCUGGUGAUUUGGAAUGUCCAUUGACCAUGACAGCCUCUAUGCGGUCACACUUUUCUCUUCCACUACCAAGUGGAACGCUUGAGGAUUGCAGUUUGCCUUGUGCCGCUGACAAUCAGGUGCCGGUGUUCUUCGACAAGCGCCAUCGUCGCUACCUUCGUUUCUGGACCGGAGGAUGGGCUGUGGCAUGUUGUGUAUGUGCUCUGUUCACCAUCACCACAUUUCUGGUAGAUCUUGCACGAUUCGCCUAUCCUGUUCGUCCGAUUCUGUACAUGGCUAUGUGCUAUUUGAUGAUCUCUAUUGUAUAUAUGAUUGGUGUCGUUGGAGAGGACAGCUUUGCAUGCGGUCCAUAUGGUGGUACACCGCAGCUACUUGUAGCGCAAGGUGGUGAAGGCACAGCCUGUAGUGGUCUAGCUGUUGCACAUUAUUACUUUACGAUCUCAAGCAGUGCUUGGUGGGUAGUGCUGUGCUUAGCAUGGUUUCUGGCAGCAAAUCGCAAAUGGGGCGCUGAAUCCAUCGCGGGACUUGCUCCAUAUUUCCAUGCAGCAUGCUGGGGGAUACCUGCACUGUUAUCUGUUGUCGUUCUCGUCACAAAUUCCAUCGAUGGCGAUGUUUUUACUGGCAUCUGCUCGGUUGGAAACUUGCAGCCGAAGGCGCUUCUCUACUAUCUGUUCCUCCCACUGAGCGGAUGCAUCGUUCUUGGUCUUGUCCUUUUGGCAUGUGGAAUAUGCUCGAUGAUGCGUAUCCGUACUUAUAUUAAACUGCAACAUGCUGAUGUGGAUAAAAAUAUAAGGAAAUUGGAAAAACUCAUGUUUAGGGUGAGCGGCUUUGCCGUUAUGUACGUUUUACCCACUGCCGCAAGUGCUGCCGUACUAUGCUACCAAGCUUUGCAAAUGCCAAUUUGGCUGGACACGUUAUAUACACUGCGUUGCCUCCACCCGGACCGGAUCAAGUUUGGUUUCACCAUGCCAAGGACAAGCUGUAAGCAGCGUAUGGAUACGAUGCCACCUGGUCCAGAACUAGUCUUGAUAUUUAUCAAAUAUCUGUGUCAGCUUAUUGUUGGCAUAACUUGUGCGGUAUGGAUCUGUAGUGCAAAGACGGUGGCUAGUUACCAAAAAGCUUACGCCAGAAUCAUUCUACGACGAGCUGCAGUGGCCACUGACGAACACUAAUGAGUUCAUAGAACUAUCAACUUUGCAGUGUUGUUCUGCCAAUUUUGCUAUGUAUCUGCAUUCUCUGUGCAACCACCGAUGGUCUCUGCAUUAUAGAAAACAAAUGAGGCAUUAGCCUUUGUUAUUGCAUAAUUUUUGCGAGUUUGUAAGUUAGAAUCAAUAUUUGUUGUAUAGCUUAGCGCAAAAAUUUUUUUUUUAUUUCUUUUCUCGCUCUUUCCCUUAGUAAAAACC